UUUCUUGCACUGUUUGUGAGGGAUUUUGUGCACUUUGGCAACCCUGACUGCAUGUCAGUGUUUGAGCUAAAGCUCUCUCAGCCUUCUGCACUGUUUAUCUGCAACAAACUGCAUUAUUCAUACAUUACAGACACCCUCUAGCCCAGAAAACGCGAACACAUGAUCUUUAAUAGGUCGGAUAUCAUCUGAGCUUCACAUUUAAAGCGCUUCUCCUCAGCGUUCUGUCAGGAAUAACAUUACACUCCGUGCUAUGGGAGCUAAAGGGACGCCAGGCCGAUGGACCGCCAGAUUAAAAUUAAAGUUUUGGUGUUUUUACAACUUUAAUUAAACACUGAUAUCAGGAGAGCAACUGGACUUGCUUGAAGAUUCUUGAAGGCGUUUCACCUCACAACCCAAAGGCUUCUUCAGUUCUGUCUGACUGAUGGGGAGCAUCAGCUAUUUAUCCUCUCAUGGAUGAAAAGCAAUCCUAAGGUUUGUUCUGAAUCCGCACCAUGCCGGGGAAGCUGAAGGUGAAGAUCAUGGCGGGCCGACACCUGCCUGUCAUGGACCGCGCCAGUGACCUCACUGACGCUUUCGUGGAGGUGAAGUUUGGAAACACGACUUUUAAAACAGACGUGUGCCCGAAGUCACUAAAUCCUCAGUGGAAUUCCGAGUGGUUUAAGUUUGAGGUGGAUGAUGAGGAUUUGCAGGACGAGCCGUUACAGAUCACGGUACUGGAUCAUGACACGUACAGUGCGAACGAUGCCAUAGGGAAGGUGUACAUCGACAUCGACCCGCUGCUCUGCAGUGAAGCUGCCACCGUCAUCUCCGGCUGGUUUCCCAUCUACGACACCAUCCAUGGUAUAAGAGGAGAGAUCAAUGUCCUCGUUAAAGUCGACCUGUUCAAUGACCUGAACCGUUUCAGACAGUCUUCCUGCGGAGUGAAGUUCUUCUGUACCACGUCCAUCCCGCGAUGCUACCGUGCUGUGAUGGUCCACGGCUUCGUGGAGGAGCUGGUGGUUAACGAAGACCCCGAGUACCAGUGGAUCGACCGCAUACGAACCCCGCGAGCGUCCAACGAGGCCCGGCAAAGACUCAUCUCUCUCAUGUCAGGUGAGCUCCAGAGGAAGAUUGGGCUCAAGGUGCUGGAGAUGGGCGGGAACACCGUGGUUGGCUACCUGCAGUGUUUUGACCUGGAAGGAGAAUCUGGCUUGGUUGUGCGUGCCAUCGGUACCGCCUGCACCCUCGACAAAAUCAGCAACACACACGCACCUACAGGGGCCACCAACCCCUCGAACUCCUCUCCGUCAAAGGAUAUAAAAGACUCUCCGCAGGCUGCGCCUUCUGCUCUUGGAUGUCGCUCCACUCACAGCAGUCCGGUUCACAGCGCAAGCAGCCGCCUCUCUCAGGGCUUCUCCGUUUCCGUGCCGACGCUGCUCUUCGCCGGUAUGAAACACAGACACAGGAGCGCAGAGGGUCCCAGAGCCAGGCAGUGUAGGGCGGGUUUUGGGGAGGAGGUCCCUGGCGUUCCGUUGUGCUCAGGACCCCCCACCCCACUGAGAGCCCAAACCUUCUCUUCCUUCUCCCCCUCCAAGUCCUACAGCCGCCAGUCCUCCUCCUCCGACACUGAGCUGAGCCUCACCCCCAAAACCGGGAUGGGCAGCGGGGGCAGUGCCGGCAAGGAGGCGGGACCUUUUAAAGCACUUCUGAGACAACAGACACAGUCGGCUUUGGAGCAGAGGGAGUUCCCCUUCUUUACACUGACCAGUUUCCCUCCUGGAUUUCUGCUUCAUGUGGGAGGAGUGGUGAGCGCACGGUCAGUCAAACUUCUGGACCGAAUCCACAACCCUGACGAACCGGAGACGCGAGACGCCUGGUGGGAGGAGAUUCGACAGGAGAUAAAGUCUCACGCUAAAGCUCUGGGCUGCCAUGCAGUGGUGGGAUACAGCGAGUCGACCAGCAUCUGCGAGGAGGUGUGUAUUCUGUCGGCGUCGGGCACCGCGGCGAUCCUCAGCUCCCGCUUCAUGCAGGAUGGCACGCUGGACACCGAGCACAGGUUGUCACGGCAACACGGCACAGAGAGGGGCGAGGGUGAGAUGGGUAGUUCAGCCUCGUUAGGAUUUGAUGAUGUUGUUCCUCCUGCCUGUGGGUUUUGUCACAUCCCGUAUGAUGAGUUGAACAUGCCGUUUCCAGCUCAGCUCACAUACUGUCACUGCUGCCGCCGCCAUAAAGUCCCUGAUGUGCUCUUCACCACGAUAGACGUGCCGUCUGAAGCCCAUGUCACUGGCAAAGGCUGCCUUAUACAGGCCAGGCUGUGUCGCACUAAGAAGAAGGCUCAGGGCGAGGGAAACGCCAUGGCCAUAAGUAACCUGCUGCCGUUCCUGGAGUACGAGCUGCACACCCAGCUAAUGAACAAGCUGAAGCUGCGCAACAUGAACGCUCUGUUCGGCCUGCGCAUCCAGAUCAGCGUGGGAGAGAACAUGCUGCUCGGCCUGGCUUCAGCGACAGGUGUGUAUCUGACAGCGCUUCCAAGUCCAGGAGGAAUCCAGAUCGCGGGAAAGACCCCCAGUGACAUCACAUAUGAACAACAUCUCUCAAACAUGCAAAAAAAAAUUAAUGAUACUAUUGCCAAAAACAAAGAGCUGUACGAGAUUAACCCCCCGGAGUUUGUUGAGGAGCUGAUUGGCUCACCGAUCCCUGAGCCCCGGCAGAGAUCCCGCCUCUUUCGCUCGCACUCGGAGAGCUCAGACGAAGUGUCAGAGUUAGACCUGUCUCACGGGAAGAAGGAUGCUUUUGUUCUGGAGAUCGAUGAUACAGAUGCUUUUGAAGACAUCCAUUCCCUCCUGACCGACGCCCCGACACCGUCAGGGUUCUACAGCUGCAACACUGAGAACAUGCCUGGGAUUUAUAACUGGACUUCAGGAUUACAGAUGUUUACGUCUGUGAGGGUGUUCCGACUCAGCAAUGCAACUUUGACCAAUCAGGGCCUGAAUAAGAUCUUCAGUGAUCUGUGUGAGAACCUGCUCAAGAGUCUGUACUUCAAAUUGCGCUCCAUGGUGCCCUGCUGUCUCUGCCAUGUGAACUUCACCGUUGCUGUGCCUGAGGAUGAACUCAUCCAGGUGGCGGUGACAGCAGUGGCCAUGAGCUUUGAUAAAGAUCAGACGCAGGAGAACGGCCCACGAAGUGGAGAGAAAACACUUCUCAAAGUUACAGAAAAUGAAGAGCAGCUUCAGUUCCCUUUAGAGCUCCCUGCUGAAUCCUCCUCUUCCUCCUCCUCUUCCUCCAACCCUCUGAGCUCUGCCAAAGGUUUGGCCGAGGUUUCAGGGGCUCUCCCGAGUGCUCGAGCCCCCUCAGUUGAUUACAGUUCCUUUACAGACAGAUGCAGUUCCUGGAUAGAGCAGCUUAGACUGAAAGCUCACACCAUAAGACGAGGAUCAAUUAAAACAACGUCCUCUCUGGAGAAAUCCAGUCCGUUACCAGAAGGUCGUUCUCGGUCUCUGAGGUCGAGUCGUUGUUACCCCGGAGGUUCCGUCACUGUGGUUAAAAUGACGCCGCUCUCUUUUAUUCCUGGAACCAAAAUAAUAAAAUACCUCGGCAUCAUCAACAUGUUCUUCAUCAGAGAGACCACCUCACUACGAGAGGAGGGUGGUGUGAGCGGGUUCCUGCACUCGUUUAUAGCUGAGGUGUUCGCUAUGGUACGCGCACAUGUUGCUGCUCUGGGUGGAAACGCUGUCGUCUCCUACAGCAUGAAGGAGUGUGUGUUUAUGGAGAAUCCUAACAAGAAUCAGGCUCAGUGUCUCAUCAACGUGAGCGGAGAUGCUGUGAUUUUCAGCAGAGAGUCUGAACUUGAGGCAACACCUCCGCAACCACAACCAUCCUUCAGUGGAGAGGGGACAUGAACACACACACGUUUUAUUUACUGUAACAAGCCAAGAAAUGAGUUCCAAAGAAAACUAUGAACCAAACACACGUCGAGUUUUACAGCCAAUCUGCAGCACAAACGCAGACAAGAGAACUAACUUAGUUUAUACGCGCAACCUGAAAAACUUCUGUCCGUCUGUCAGCCAUUUUACACACAUUCCAAUCAUGCUGAGGCAGCUAAGAGCUUAAAGCUAAACUGAUAGUGUGUGUGUGUGUGUGUGUGUGUGUGUGUGUGUGUGUGUGUGUGUGUGUGUGGCAUAAAGAAUGUCUAACAGUGUCAACACUGAGCGCCAUGUUUUAUUUCUCUCCUGUUUGCUGUGUCAUUAUUAAAGGGGCAGUUUGUAAGGUUUAGUGCCCUCUGCCACCCAUCGGAGUAACUGCAGCUGCUGUUUAAACUGCACAUGCUUUAUGAGUCACCUUUUAGGAGAAAAAAUUGGUAGCUGCGUUUUCACCUAGGGGUAAAGCUUAUUUCAGGGCCAGAAAAAUGUCAAAUAUAUACAAAAGCUUGAAACAAUAAAAUGAAUAAUGUAGCAGUAUCCCAAAAGGUUUUUAUGAAUCCUUCAAAUUAUUAGAAUUGCAAAUUAAGAAACAUUUCAUAGGAAAAACUGCAGCUGAGGGCGGAGCUUAUUUCAGGGCCAGAAAAAUUUUAUAAUUCAUACGAAAGCCUAAAAGAAAAACAUGAGUCACAUUGCCUAAUGUUGCAAUACUGCAGUUAGGUGGAAUAUAUUUAAAAUAUUUACAGUUGAACAUGUAGAAACAGUCCAAUAGCACCUUUUCAUCGGGGGAGUUCUUCUGGGGCGGAGCUUAAUUAAGGACCAGAAAAUAAAUUGUACAAAAGACGCAAACAAUAAGAAUGAUUGAUUGAUUGAUUGAUUAACUGUUUACUGUAGAUGAAACUUAUUAUUUCACAUUUAGAAACAUUUUUUUUAAAUUAUAAUCUAUUGGGCGGAAAGUUUCAUCUGGGGUGGAGCUUCUUUCAGGGCUGGGAAAUUUUGAUACAAAAUCCUGAAAUGUAAACAGUAAGAUGAAUUGCACACUGAUGAUGCAACACUUUUUAAACUUUACAAACUGCCCCUUUAACGUCUCCUGUACGAAUCAGUACUACUGACCUGAUCAUAUUGUGAUCUUUGUUUUUUCUAAAAAUGCUGGAAUUUCUUCUUUUAAAAAUUCUUACAGUCGAUAUUUUUCCUGCAUGUGCAAUGCCAGCUUCUCCUUUCAGUCCUGUGACGUUUGGGUGAAAGAAAGCCAAAAGCUGACACCCAGAGACGACUUGAAUGUACAGAAUGGGAGGGAAAAAGGGACGCUGAUUUAAUCUGAUGGACAGCACGAUGAAUCCGAUGCUGAUGUUUAGACUUUGCAGCGCAUGUGUGUUUGAGGACGAAUCAAAUGUUGCAUGAUGAUUAAAUUAUCCAUGUUUAACAUCCGAA